GACGUCGACGGUUCAAAGUUGAAUUUCGCAUGGCGGCCGCGUUAGGAAACACGAUUGUGUAACAUUUUUUAUAACCCAAGCGUUUCCUAUUGUACCCGCAUUGCAUGAUCAGCCUCCCCAUCGAUACAAGGACACAGAGAUGUUACUCCCGUCAUUACGAACAACGAUUUUUUGCGGUUGCAGAAGUGCUGGAAAGGGAUUUCAACACAGCACUCGGACUCCACAGUUGCGGCAAUGGCUGGUGAGGAGAGGUCAGAGCACCAUCACCGCCGAGGCCGGGUCCUCCUCCACCCCAGCAGCGGCUACUGUCCCCAACGCGGCCACAAACCGCAUCCUAGGUCGCUGGCUGCUCGGCUGCAGCGGGCUGGUAGUCGGGGCUGUUGUUUUGGGGGGUGUAACAAGGUUAACCGAAUCUGGGCUUUCCAUGGUUGACUGGCAUCUGGUCAGAGAGAUGAAGCCCCCUCAGACACAGGCAGAGUGGGAGGCUGAGUUUGCCAAGUACCAGCAGUUUCCAGAAUUCAAAAUAUUGAACCAUGACAUAACUCUACCAGAAUUUAAGUUCAUCUUCUACAUGGAGUGGGGUCAUCGCAUGUGGGGCAGGCUGGUUGGACUCGCUUACAUCCUGCCCACAAUCUACUUCUGGAGGAAGGGAUACUUCACCCGCUCCAUGAAGGGAAGAGUGCUGGGCCUGUGUGGAUUCGUCUUCUUCCAGGGCCUGCUGGGUUGGUACAUGGUAAAGAGUGGUCUGGAGGAGAAGCCUGAUUCUUAUGAUAUUCCACGGGUCAGCCAGUAUCGUUUGUCUGCCCACCUUGGUUCUGCCCUGCUGCUCUACUGUGCCAGUCUCUGGACGGGGCUCACCCUGCUGAUGCCUGCCCACAAGCUGGCAGAGACCAAGAAACUCAUGCAGCUGAGGAGGUUUGCCAAGGGCACUGGUGGGCUUGUCUUCCUCACUGCUCUAUCAGGUGCUUAUGUUGCUGGGUUGGAUGCUGGGUUGGUGUAUAACUCCUUCCCUAAGAUGGGUGAUCGAUGGAUCCCUGACGAUCUGCUGGCCUUCUCUCCUACCCUCAAGAACUUCUUUGAAAACCCUACGACAGUGCAAUUCGACCACAGAAUUUUGGCGAUAUCCUCCUUGACGGCCAUUACAGGCCUGUAUCUCUUCUCAAGGAAGAUGGUGCUGCCUAGGAGGGCAAAGAUUGCCAUCACCCUUCUCACAGCAAUGGCUUAUGGUCAGGUUGCUCUCGGCAUCAGUACCCUGUUGCUGUAUGUACCAACUCCCCUGGCAGCAACUCACCAGUCUGGCUCUGUGGCCCUUCUCUCAUUGGCCAUCUGGGUUUUGUCAGAGCUCCGCAAGGUCCCCAAAUAACUGGCAGCUUUGUUAUGGACAAAUUCAGUCCCCCUAGCCACACCUCCAGCUCCCAAGAGCCUGCACUGUUUACUGUGAAUGAGUCAUUCUAAGAAAAAAAGGGUUAGACAGGAAAGUUAAAAAUGACAGGAAAUAUAAGGAUCUGUGAUUUUGUGUUUUGCUUUUGUUAAUGCAUCCACUGUGGCCUUGGAAGCUGUCAUGGGAUGCUGCAGGCCAAUCCACAUGUUCUGAAAAUGGUUAUUUGACUGUGUCUUUACAAUAGACAGAUGGAAUUUGAGGGUCAGAGAUAAAAUACCAAAGCCUAUUAUUGAAUCAGUCACCAUGUCCAGUGAACUGAUUAUAAGUAUAAUGAUGGCUUGACCUGAAGUGAUUGAUUUGCAGGUUUCUACAUUGAGAGGAUAUGCAAACAAAGAGUUUCAAAUUUAUUCAGCUUUGAUGAGAUGCGGCAUUAGGUAUGUUCAAAUCAUGACACAUCCCAUAAUAUGGAGCCUGGGUGUUAAGUUACCAUUUCAAUGGGAAGUGUGCACCUUUUUCCAUUUUUAAAAAGGCUAUGAAUGACACCAACUGCAAACUCGCCUUUUGCCUUGAAUCUUAUCACACAAUGUUCAUUUGAAUAGGAUGUGGCUAGAGGAAAUUAUUUGUAUAAUUAUGUGUAUAGGUAAAUUAUUUCUUAACAAUUUCUUGUUGCUGAUGCAAUGUAUUAAAAAAAAAAACAUGUUGUAGAAGCUUGGAGAGGCACUGAUUAUUGUGUCCUGAGGGCAUAUGAGAACCUUACUAGAAUGUGUUUCACCUCUGUGGUCAUGAGUUGUGCUACUUAAUUGUAAUGCAUGGAUGGUCCAGUAGUCUCAAGACUUAUAACAGAACAAUAAAAAAACACAGCUUGACCAAAUCAUAAGACUGAAGGCUUAAAUAAACUAGCUUGCACAUCCCUUUCUCCGUAGCAUGCAUAUCUCAGUUCCUAGAAUUGGGUCAGCAACACUGUAUCAGAAUACUAACCAAUAAUAGGUGUGCUCUCAACCUUACCAGUGAAUGAACCCCUAAAACUCAAGACUGUGCUGGUGAGAGGUGUUUUUAUUCUUGCCAAAAGAGUGACAAGUCAGAAAGUCACUGUCCAAGAAGUGAAAUGUUCUGUUCCAAGUCUUGAGAACCCACCAAACUCAGGAUCAUGGAGACCAAAAAACUUUGACUAAAGUCCUCAUCUGGUCUCCAGGUGCCCCAUAGUGAGUUUUUACAUGCAAGUGAGAACUAUUCACCCAACAUUUUUGUCUUUAUUCAAUAAAGGCAGUUCUUAAAAUUCA